UUUUGGGAAAGAUUUGGGAAGUUCAUAAUUUUUAAUACCAUAUGAUCAUCAUCACAUAGGGACCAAAGAUUUAAACAAAAAUAAAAAUGGUCCCAUCACCAGAAGCAGAAUUACAUGCCCAUAAUCAUAGAGACAAAGAGAGGCUAAACAUGAUUACUAAGCAAGGGUGUGAAUACUUUCCACAUCCUCAACAAGGUAUAUUAUUGCUAAUACCAUUUUUUUUUUCUUUGAAAGUAAGCAAAAAAGAAAAAGGAUGUUAAGACCUUUACUUUUUCAACCUUUUGGGCCAUUUUGAAUCACUCUGAACAACAAUGAAGCCUGCUAUUUUUUAUCAAAGAAGUUGCUUGAAUUUUUAAAAAAAAUUAUAAAAAAAAGAAAAAUAAAAAGAGAAAAAAAGUAAAUAACUUAAAGAAGGUCACAUUACCAAGUUGGCAACCCAUGUUUUUUCCUCUUCACAUUUUUUGAAGUUAAAGUUUCUCUCUGAAUCUCUUUUUCUCCUCUCUAUCUAUCUCUGUAUGUUUCUGUCUUUUCUCUGUUUCUGUGGGUACACAAAUGAACUUGCUCUGUCAUCAAAAACUGCUUCUUUCUUCUGGGUGCUUUGUUCAUGCAAGAUCCCAAGAGUUCAAGAACAAGGAAGCCUUGGUAUCAAAGAGCAAUAGAGAUGACAACCCUAUGGAAGAUUAUUGUAAAAUCACCAUCAACUGCAAAUUCUGCUCUAUGGAAAACCAUUAAAACCACAGAAGUCCAACCAACAACAAAUUCUAGCAAACAAAAACUCAAAAAGAGUACCUCACUAAGAGUUGCCACUUCUUUCACAAGAGUAUGCUUAUGUGCUCCUAUUUCCUCCUACAAUGAAGUUUUCAGUGCUGAUGUUCCUCCUAGGAGAAGCUAUACUUAUCCGCGGUCAAAACCCUUCACCCCACCACCUCCUACAGCAGCCCCUACGCCACAAGAAUGGCGAAUUCCAAGUGGCAGGCAUAGCACCGAGGGAAGAAGAGUCUUUCGAGGAAAAUCAUUGACUGAUGACGUUUUAAUGAGGCGUUUUGUGGUGGAAGAAGAAGCAAUGAUGCAAGUUAGGAGGAGGAAUGAGAUGGAGAUUAUAAGAAAAAGAGCUGCUUUGAGGAGGAAAAAGCUUGGACCAAGUCCUCUAAGUAGGAUGGUACUUGCUGAAGAUGAUCAAGAAUAUUUUGAUUAAUUGAACUAAGCAAAAGGGGAAAGCGAGGAUAAUUUUUUUGUGCUUUUUUACAUAUGAUGAAGGGUCAAUUAGUUGAGGCUGUAUUAAUGUGUUCUUCCAUGGAUAUUUUUUUUUGAGAUAUCCUUUC